UUUAAAGCGUUUUAGGAGCAGGUGAACUGUGUGGUGAUGGCAGUAUAAGUUGUUGUACUUUUCUUUCACUUGGAUUUUACUACCACUGAAGUCAGCGGACACGAUGGAGAAGUCCGAGGGGGAGGAGAACUCCUUCGAGGCGCUGGAGAAGGAGUUCCAGGAGGUGCUGAGCGAGCUGCUGGGCGACAAGAGCCUGGAGAAGUUCCGCGUGGAGUACGAGAAGCUGACCAACGCCCUGAAGAAGUCGCACGAGAGCGAGAAGCGGCUGAUGACCAAAUGCCGGGAGCUCAACGGCGAGAUCGUGGCCAACGCCGCCAAGGUGGCCACGGCACUGAAGCUCUCUCAGGAGGACCAGACGACCAUCACCUCUCUCAAGAAGGAGAUCGAGAAGGCCUGGAAGAUGGUGGACACGGCCCACGACAAGGAGCUGCGGGCGGACGAGACCAUCCAGAUGCUGAAGCAGGAGAUCGUCAACCUCACCAGGCUGGUGGAGCAGGGGGCCGGCCUGUCUGUGGGACAGGAGCAAACCGUGGGCGAUCUGUUGAAAGCUAAAGACGAUCUGAGCAAGGAGCGGGAUGACCUUCUGAAGGAGGUGGUGACCUUGCGCCAGGGCCUCACCGAGGCCAUCUCCACGCAGCAGGACGUCGAGACCCAGAAGGACGGCGCCAUGGAGACCAUAUCGCAGAUGCAGCAGGAUAUCCAGGUGCGGCAGAACGAGUGCUCGCGGGAGCUGCGUCGGCGUGAGAAGCUGGAGAAGGAGCUGCGUCAGCUGCACGGCGACCUGGACAGCCGCGUGGCCGACAUCAAGGCCCUGACCCAGCAGACGCAGCGCGGCAAGGACGAGCAGCAGCGCCAGGAGCAGCAGCUCAGGGAGCAGAGGAUCCUGAAUGAGCGGGCGACUAAGGAGCUGGAGCAGCUGCAGGUGCGCAACACCAAGCUGCAGCAGGAGAACGAGCAGCACAGCAGCAGCCUGGAGCAGCUCACCCUGGACAACCAGCAGCGGGGCUCGGACCUCAAGAUGAAGGAGGAGGAGGUGGUGCAGAUGCGUCAGGAGAUCUCCAAGCUGACCAAGGUGCGCGAGGGCACCCAGCGGCGGCUGCGUCUGACCGAGGACCAGAAGCUGGAGGUGGAGCAGCAGAGGGACAUGCUGAAGAACCAGAUCACCGGCCUGGAGAAAGAGAUGGAGCUUUCCAAGAAGCAGAUGGAGGUAGACAAGAAAGCCAUCGACGAGCUUGUGCGAGAGAGAGAUAUCUUGAACAAGAACAUGAUCAAGGCGGCCAAUGCCACGGAGAAGCAGAUGGGCAUGGUGAAGCUGCACGAGCAGUCCAAGAAGAACCUGGAGCAGGAGAUCAUCAACUACCGCCACGAGGCGCAGAAGCAGCGCAAGAUCAUCUACCAGCUGGAGAAGGAGCGCGACCGCUACAUCAACGAGGCCAGCGACCUCACGCAGAAGGUGUUACAGCACAUGGAGGACAUCAAGGUGCGCGAGAUGCAGAUCUUCGAGUACAAGAAGAAGAUCGCUGAAGCGGAGACCAAGCUCAAGCAGCAGCAGAACCUCUACGAGGCCGUGCGCUCGGACCGGAACCUCUACAGCAAGAACCUGAUCGAGGCCCAGGACGAGAUCACGGAGCUGAAGCGUAAGCUGAAGAUCAUGAACCACCAGAUCGACCAGCUGAAGGAGGAGAUCAACGGCAAGGAGGCGGCGCUGGUCAAGGAGCACCUGGAGUUCCAGCGCGUGGAGAAGGAGAAGGAGGUUCUCAAGGCGGAGCUGCAGAAGCUGAAGCAGCAGGCCCAGGAGACGAAGCAGUUCAUCGACAACCAGGAGGCCGAGGAGCGCAAGCUGCUCAAGAUCAUAGCCGACGCUGACGCUGAGAGGCUCCGACAGAAGAAAGAAUUAGACCAGGUGAUCAGCGAGCGGGACAUCCUGGGCACGCAGCUGGUGCGGCGCAACGACGAGCUGGCGCUGCUGUACGAGAAGAUCAAGAUCCAGCAGUCCAUCCUGAGCAAGGGCGAGCUGCAGUACAGCCAGCGCGUGGAGGACCUGCGCCUGCUCAAGAUGGAGAUCAAGAGGCUGCGCCGCGAGAAGGGCAUCCUCAACAAGACCGUCGCCAACGUCGACGACCUCAGGCAGAAGGAGCGCUCCCUGGUCCCGGUGGGGCCCCCCGACAUCCAGCCGCAGCGCACGGACGGACCGCGCUUCGCCGGGGGAGGAUUCAACCUCAAGCAGACCAACAGAGUCACCGCCUAG